CUACACUAAUCUGCAGGGGCACCUUCGCUGGCCAUGGAGCUUCAUGAAGGUGAAGUGAUUGUGUCUGUGGACUUGGGCCAGAAUGGCACGGGCCCCUUCCGUGCCCGCAAGGUGUUUGGCUCGCGCUUUGCCAUGUGCGACGGACAGUGGCACCUGCUGCGUGCGCAUUUUUCGCGCAAUGAGAUCUCGCUGCGCAUCGACCGGCAUCAAGUUGCGUACGGUCUGGCGCCGUCCACUCCCUCGGAACCGCACACCGAGAGUCCUCUCUACAUUGGUGGCCUCCCAGAGCACAGCAGCAAUGGCGCUCUAUUUGGCCGAGACAACUUCGUUGGCUGUCUCCGUAACCUAGCCAUCAAUGACAAGCGCAUCGACUGGAUCGACAUGGCUUCCCUGCACAACGUGCUCCCCAACUCAUGCCCUGCCAAUUGAGAGCACGAUUUGCGUGUCUGGCCUUUGCUGUCACUAUUUAUUCCAACAUGCGUCAGAUGUAUUAACCCCUUCCAUGUCUUGGGUGUGCUUGGUUUGCCUGUGCAAUCUUAUGGAUAACUUCUUUUUGUACAAGUUAAAAUCUUCCAUUGCAGUUAUGCCCACUCUUUAGGUCUUCGAGCGUGUAGGCCCUGCUCUAUCAAUUUGACACUUUGAUAACAGGUGACAGCUCUACAUUGGAACAAAGUUAUAGUAAAAUCAGGUGGUUUCUUGCUUCGUGCUGCUGCAUCAUGUUUUCGUUUGCCAACAUGGUAUUGCCUAUUAGUAUGACUCACACAUUUGUAAUUCAUAGAAGGAAGUUUGUGGCUUCAUGCCAUUGAAGUUCUAGCAAUAAUACAUAAAAAUUUUUGUUUUUUGUUGGUGUAGAGAGCAGAGGAAUAACAUGGCAAGCAGUUUGGUGAAAAUGAAAAAUUAAGCAACAAUGCAUAUCGAUUAUGUUCACUGAAGAUGCCUCGGCAUCAAUACUAUGUAUUUUUUUAGUGAUUUGUAUAUGCUGCUUCAUAAUAGCGUCGAUUUUUCCAGGUUUCGAAACAUGAAAAAAAAAACAUCGGAAGAGAGACUUUCUGGCCGGUAUUACAUUGUCACUUAUACAAGAGAUUUGUAGCCUCAAUAUUUUGGCAGCCCAUUGCAUUAACGGUGCUUUAUGAUUAUGUAUUUUUACCAAGAUUCAACAUCUAAAAAAAAAAAAAUAUUGUUUGGAUUUGUAAAAAGGAAGAAAGAAACAGGGAACGUGUUAAAACAAUUCACAGUGUUAGCCAGAGCUUAUGAUGCACAUGUAACACUGCAUUCCCGAAAAGCAGUGUGUUCUGCAUGAGUAAAAACCUGCAACUACUAAGUAUAAACUUGCAGAGGUUUCAAUUUGUACAAACGUAAAAUGUACAGAAAAAUUUUAUAAAUCCAGCUGUGCCUAGGAAGGGGUGUUAUAUUGUCUGGAACUACGCCAGAAUGCUAGGAAAUGUUUAGGCUAAAAAGGAUUUCGGCCUGACAUAGCAUGUAAAUAUGUUGUCGGUUAUUGCAGUACCUUAUAAGUGAAGCUUACUUUCGUGAAAGCUGCGUUUAGCUUAAAAAGCACUAACUAGCUCAAUAUUAUAUCACUAUAAGUGAAGCAAAUCUCCAAUUCUAAUUCCAUCUCAAGUUGACACUGCCUUUCGUGGCUAACUCACGAGGAACUACAUGCUAUCCAUCUGACACAGCUAUAGAGUAUACAUAGUGAGAUAUCUACAAGACUGCCUUAUUAUGAUUAUAUUUAGAUAUGGUCUACCAUUGUAGUCAUGAAGAAGGGGUGUUUUAUUAUGUACUACAGUUGAACCUCGCAAUAACGAAAUCGGCGGGAAACGCGAAAAAAUUCGCUGCCGCGAGAAUUUCGUUGUUGCGAAAAGAGACAGCACAGAUAGGUAAUGCAUCGCAGAACAAAACUUUACUGUCCAAAUUCCGUUAGCUUACUUUGCAGGCUUUGCUCAAGGAUAUAGAACCGCAUUGUUGACAGUACAAAGUGUACCGCAUGCGUCGACCAGCAGUGGCAGUAGUGCCGUAGUGCAGAAUUUACGGUCAACUGCUUUCGGAGAUGCGAUCACUUGCCGAGAUUUUGCGUAACUCGGCACCGGACGGAGAGUAACAGCGCAUGCAGCAGCAUUUCUCCAGUGCACGCUGUUGCCCGUAGGCGCCGACGCGGCCGGUGCCGAUCGCAAAAGUGGUCGUAUCUCGUGUACGCGAAGGCGAACGAUCGAGAUAUUGGCCCUUUCGCGCAAAUCUACAUCCGGUGUAGAAUCCGCACACGAUGCCUGUCGGGUGGCACCAAAACCAGCGUUCUUGAAGCAAGGGAUGCGUAUUCCAGAACGAUCGGUCAAUCAUGGCCCCAUGCGUGACACUCUAUAUGCCGCGACCGCCAUCCCAAGCGCAAUAAACAAUUCCACGUAAGUGGGGCGUGGAUUUCUUUGUUUUUGCUGCAUUUUUCCCACCGAGGCGCACAUUACGCAGUGCACUGCCGCGAUCGGGGAUUGUUGUUCGAAACGCGCGUCCAGUUUGCGUUCAGUCUCGCCUCACGCGAUUGGACUAGGCCUCGCCGAGUCAACCGCGGGGAACGCAAAAUGAACGCGCGUUUCAAACAACGAUCUCGCCUGGUAGGUGCGCAAACACCGUCGUCACAUGUCGGUAGCAACGUGCGUGCUGCUCAUGGUGCCGCUUCAAACGGGCGAUCAACAAACAAGAUGGCGGCCAUGACGUGUUUCCAGCGCACUGAUCGCUUCCGGCGCUUGGUUGUUCUGGUGAACAAAAAUGGCGGCACCCACGCAAGUGUAAUGUGGUGAUAUUUUACGCAAUUUUAAUGCAAAACAAUCUCAUUUGAGCACAUUUUGGAGCCUGCUAGCCUUACGCAAUAUGCGGAGUUACGUUCCGGCAAAUUUCGUUGAUACGGGAUUGCAGUACAGCUACAUUUCGUUGCCGAGAGGUACGAAAUGCAUUGAAUCCUAUGGGUGGUGGUGGUAAAAACUGGGCGUUCGCUGGGGAUACGAGAAUGUUUCGUUGUCGCGGGAAUUUCGUUGUUGCGGUAUUUCGUUAUCGCGGGUUCCGACUGCAGUUUUGUAUGUGCUACUUAUGAUUAAUAUUUAUUUGUGUCGUGAGCUAAAGGUUUCAAAUAAUACCAUGGAAGAAGUGCCAUCAUUCUGCGCAUCACACAGCAUCACUGUUUGAUAUUAGACUGAAUACAGAAGCCACUGUCACUGGUUUGAAAUAAGAAAGUGCUUGUAAUUGCAUUCGUGGAGGACAUGAAUUUCUGCUCAUGUGUUCACAUCUGUGUCAUAUUAAAUGCAACGUUAUUAGAACGAGUUGAAUGAAAAGUUAAGCGCAUUACUUUUGGUUUAUCCGUAAGCAAAUCUAUGUGUUGACAGGCAGUUUGAUGUUGAUGGCUUAAAAAUUGUUUCCAAUUAGAUGCCAUAAUUGGUUUCUGUAAAUAUUCAAACUGAAAACAUUUAUGUGUAUUCUUAUAACUGUGCAUAUUUUCUGUAUUACAUAUACGGAGUGGCCAUGAAAUCAAGACAGUCCCACCCUUUCUGAGUGAAUAAAACGGAAAGCAAACGGAGUUAUAGCGAUGGAUAUGAAAUUUUUCAGUGGAAUGAUGGUGAUUUUUCUCUUGAUUCAUGAAUGUUUUUACAGUCAGGCUUUUGCAGAGAGAAUAAAUUUGUUCAAAAUUCA